AUGGUCUCUGUAGAACGGGUGCGAGACUACCUGCUGGUACCAGCGGAAGACCCGAACUACGAUGUCAUCACAGAGCGUCCCUGGUCCCAGCAGACGCCUGCAAAGGGCUCCGACUCUUCCGUAUGGUCUCGUUGGUUGCUUCCAUGGAGGCGCAGCACCAGCACGAGUUUGCUGCCGCUGUGUACUAAAGAGGAGGAGCGGCAGCCGCUGCUGCAGCAGCAGCCGCUAGAAAGUUGCGGUGUAUGUACAGACAAGAAAGUUGUUGAUGUGUGUUGUCCAGCGCCAGGGCCUGUGAAGAUCCCUGGUGCCUCCCGUGGUGCUGCAACAACGACAGCAGCAGCAGCUGCUGCAGCAGCAAAGCUGGCUGUGUACGAGACGCUGCUAUCGUUUGGGACUCCUCCUUGCGCUCAUCAAAGUGGGGAGGGUGGCCUCCGUUGCUCCUGCAAAGAGCAGCAGCAGCAGCAGCAAAGCAGAGGGGGUGCACCGCCGCUCUUUCCUGUUUCAGUGUCCUUGGGCUUUCGCACUCGCGGCCGUAUUGACUUUGAAAACGUCACAGUGGCGUACAGCGCUGGGGGACCCCCAGCCUUAAGGGAAGUAUCGCUGACAGUGCACCCAGGAGAAGUUUUAGGUUUAGUAGGGCGAACAGGAGCCGGAAAGAGUACUUUAUUGUUGGCUUUAAGCCGCAUGGUGUCGUACAGCGGGUGUAUAAAGAUAGACGGAGUUGAUGUGCAGAGACUCCCCGUUCAUUUGCUGCGCUCCCUCCUCGCUGUUGUCCCACAAACCCCUAUUCUUUUCUCUGGAACUGUACGAUUCAAUUUAGACCCCGCGGGUGUACGUACAGAGGCGGAGCUCUUUGAUGCUCUCCAACUCUGUCGCCUAGACAAAGUUGUUAGAGCUCUCCCUCAGGGUUUAGAUACUCCUCUUGCUGCAGUCGAUGAAGCCGCGGCUUUGGAAUUCCGAGUCAGAAGAUCGCGCAAGCUUCAAGGCAGCGGUGGGGCGUUGGGAGGCAGCGAAGGCCGCGAGCUGCCGUCUCGUGGUGUGACAGCAGCAUAUCCUGGUGCUGCUGGAAAGGAGCAGCAGCAGCAGCAGCGUGGGGUGUAUGCGCAGCGUUCCGGAGGAGGCGGCGAACGCAGCAGCGGCGGUUUGAAGGGCAGCAGCAGCAGCCAAAGCAUUAGAUUGUCUGUAGGACAGAAGCAGCUGCUGUGUCUCUGCAGAGCUGUUCUAAGGGAGGCCCCUAUUCUCUGUCUUGAUGAGGCAAACAGCGCCAUGGACCCCGCACUAGAAAAAGAAGUCCUCGUGCCAGUAGUUAGGCGGUGUCUAAGGCGCGGCAGCGUGCUGCUUAUAUCGCACCGGCUGCAGCACUUGCCGUCUCUCUGCCACCGUGUGGGGGUAGUUGGCGAAGGGCAGCUGCUGGAGUUGGCGGCGCCUCGCACGCUGCUGCGGGACAGGACCUCCCGCUUCCACGCGCUGUAUGCUGCAGCAAGAGGCACUGCAACAAGAGGCGCUGCAGCGCAGCAAAGCAGCUGCAACAACACACACUCAGCAGCAACGGAGCAGCAGCUCCAGCAGCAACAGCAGCAACAGCUGCUGCCCCAGCAGCAGCAGCAGCAACAGCAGCAGCUGGCUCCCGGAGGAGACCGCCAGCGUUUGUCUGCGUGCCCUGUCUGGCGUAAAGGCACGAGUUUGUCCAUUGACUUCGUAGCAUCCCUUCAAGAAAUGAAACUUCCCCUGAUGUGGCCCAUCUUGCUCAUUUCGCUUCCUCUCUUAUACACGUAG